UUUCCCUUCUUGUAGGAGAAAAAAUUGCAAACUCAACUGGGCACUGGUGGUUCAUGUGUGUAAUCCUAGCAACUCAGGAGGCUGAGAUCAAGAGGAUCUUGAUUUGAGGCCAGCCUGGGCAAAAAGUUCACCACAAGACCCACAUUUUAACUAAUAGGUAUGGUGCCACAUGCCUGACAUUCCAGCCAGAAAGGAGCUGAGAUAGGAGGGUUGUAGUUCUAGGCUAGCCCAUACAAAAAAUAAAGUUCAUGAGUAUCUGUCUCAAGGAAAGAAGCUGGGUGUGGUGACUGGGACUUGUCAUUCCAGCUACAGCAAGAAGCAAAAAACAGGGAGAUUCCUGUUCAGGCAUGACUAGGGCAAAAGUGAGACUCUCAGACAGGGCUGGAUAUUCAAAGAAAAGGGCUGGGCAGAAGCAGAGACAAGCUGGCAUUAGUUCCACACAGGAGCAUGAGAACAUGGCAGGAGGAAGCUAAGCCACAGACCCCAGCACUAUUCCAGACAGAGGCUGGCCUAUCUAUUGCCCAGAGCCCAGACAUCAUCAACAAGAGGGUUGGAAUUUGAACAAUCACAAGGCAAAUACCCCAUGUCAACAGCCAGCCAAAGCUUCUGGUAAACUACGUCAGGUAAAGGCAACUAUUAUUCAGGAGUGUCCGGUGUUUGGAAGUCCAUGCAGCAGGAAGCUGCCACCACAACCACCAAAUGAAAGAGGGACACUUCAGAGUGAGUGACAAAAACAAGGACUCCCAAGACCAGUCCAGCAGCUUAUUUCCUUGGGGAUAGAAACCCCCAUCGUCCAUCUUCAGUUCCGCAGAGAAGUGAAAGUAAGCAAGCCGGGAGGAAUCCAGUCAUUCCUGUUAUCUGCUGCCUUUAUAAGUCAGUGAGCCUCACCCAGCUAAAGCCAGGACGCCAGGAUGUCUCGGAGGAGCUGGGCCUUACCACUGCUGCUGCUGCCGCUGCUUCUGGCCUUCCAGGACGCCCUGGCUCUCAGGCUCUGCUCCUUCAAUGUGAGGUCAUUUGGGGAAAGCAAGAAGGAAAAUGGCAAAGCCAUGGAUGUCAUUGUGAAGGUCAUCAAGCGCUGUGACAUCAUCCUCCUGAUGGAGAUCAAGGACAGCAGCAACAAGAUCUGCCCCAUGCUGAUGGAGAGGCUGAAUGGAAAUUCAAGGAGAGGCAUUACCUACAACUAUGUGAUUAGCUCCCGGCUUGGCAGAAACACUUACAAAGAACAGUAUGCCUUUCUCUACAAGGAAAAGCUGGUUACCGUAAAGGAAAAUUACCUCUACCAUGACUACCAGGAUGGAGAUGCAGAUGUGUUUUCCAGGGAACCCUUUGUGGUUUGGUUCCAGUCCCCACACACUGCUGUCAAGGACUUCGUGAUCGUGCCCCUCCACUCCACCCCGGAGACAUCAGUGAAAGAGAUUGACGAGCUGGCAGAUGUCUACACGGAUGUGCAGCGCCGGUGGGAAGUGCAGAAUUUCAUUUUCAUGGGUGACUUCAACGCUGGCUGCAGCUACGUCCCCAAAAAGGCUUGGAAGAACAUUCGCCUGAGAACUGACCCCAGCUUUGUUUGGCUGAUUGGGGACAAAGAGGACACCACAGUCAAGAAGAGCACCAACUGCGCCUAUGACAGGAUCGUACUUCGAGGGCAAGAGAUCGUUGACUCUGUGGUUCUCAACUCAAAUGUUGUCUUUGACUUCCAGAAAGCUUACGGCUUGUCUGAAGAGGAGGCUCUGGAAGUCAGCGACCACUUUCCAGUUGAAUUCAGACUACGGUCUUCAAGGGCCUUCACCAACAGCAAAAAGUCUGUUCCUCUGAAGAAGAGAAGAAAGGGCAAUCACUCCUAGAUCCAAGGGCAGCUUUGCUAACCAUUUCUUGCUUCUCAAUAAAUGGCUGUAACAGGUAUGCACUGCUCCUGGCAUGCUCAGGAAAUACAACAGGUUCACGACGGGUCCAAAUGCUUUCAAUUUCCACUUGGGUCAACUCUGCUUUGAGCCAAUUUGGGAAGGAAAAUCUUCUGUUAUCCUUCCACGAACCUCACCACUGGAGCAGGAGGCACAGCUGUCACUCCUAGCCCUUAAUCCAUCCUGCCACCUGAGAGAUCGCAAGAGCAUGAUUAUCAGCUGUCAAUCUUCAUGAGGAACCAAGCAGGGACAGCCAGACUCCAAUCACACCUGAUCACAUGAGCGAUUUCCUGUUUUACCAUUGGCUUUCCAUAACUGAGGUCAAACCACUCCGGGGUCUCACAGGGGUGAAAGAUGAAGGAUGAAGGACACUUUCCCCUCGUCUCCCUGACUCGCAUUCUCCUGCUUCGAUUCAGCUGGCCGGCAUAGUCACCACAGUGGUGUUCCAUUCCUCCAUGUGCACCCCCUGCCCAUAAGCUCUCAGGGGCUCCUCUUGCUGUGCAGAGUGAACGGAAUCUUUGCAUAACCACCAAAAUAUUGACUCCCUGGCAUCCAUCUUGUAUUGUCCCCCGGCAGGAUGGCUCUUCCCUGCUCAUCCAUGUUCAUCCUCUCUUAGGGGCUUGGCUCUCCACAUAUGUUCUGCACCACCCCAGAGCCUGGGCUGGUUAAGUGCUCCCAGUGACACCAUUUUUCUGUAACCAAGGUGCCCUUUUCUAUGGGGUUUUCUUCUUUCUUUUGGUGGUCCUGGGAUUUGAACUCAGGGCCUCAUGCUUGCUAGGCAGGUAUGUUACCAUUUGAGCCAUACUCCCAGCCCCUAUUUUGCAAGUCUUGCCUUCUUCAUUCCAAUAGUACAUGAGUAUGUCUAAGUGCACAUGCAGUAAUGAAGACGGAAGCAAAGGAUAGCCAUGCCUUGGCCCGGCCCCUGGUUUGACUAAGAAGCAGCCCCCUGCUUCUUCCAAGGAGCCUGCCAAAGUGAGCACUGUGUGUAACUUUGAAAAAUACAGAAUGUGGCACAC